GGCACCUUCCCUGAUGGCCGCAAGUUUGAUUCCUCCCGGGAUCGCGGGCAGCCCUUCGUCUUCAACAUCGGGUUGGGCCAAGUCAUCAAGGGCUGGGACGAGGGCGUGAUGGGAAUGAAGAUUGGCGAGAGGGCCACUCUUAUCUGCCCGCCCGACUACGCCUACGGAGCGCGCGGAGCGCCCGGCGCCAUCCCUCCCAACUCGACGCUGCACUUCGAUGCAAGUUGGCUGCGG